AUGUUUCCUCCUCCUUUGACAGGUCCGGAUCGUCUAUCCUCACAAACCAAUUUACGCAAUCAUCGCAAAAGGAUAGUAAUGAAUCCGCCUGAAUCAUUCAUCGAAUAUGCAGCUUCUUUGAAUCCACCUACUACACCUCAAGUUCAUGGUGGUAUGAUGAUUGGAUCAGAUGGUCAAGCUGUUUUAUUGGGUCCUACCGCUCAAGGUGAAAAUUCCCAAUCUCAGCUUGGUACUUCAGCUAGCACGCAAACUCAGUCUCAGACUGAAACUCAAUCUCAACCUCAAGAUACGCCUAAUACUGAUAACGGAAAAGUUGAAUUGAAAGGUGAUAAAGUGGUCUUAGUGGCGCCAGAAGAUACCCCUUCCUCAGCUAUAUUUCCCACUACUACGCCUGCGCCUACACCCAUGGCCAUGACCUCGACUCAAGAUGUAUUCUCCAUGAUUAUCGGAAGUAGUACCAUUCAACCCACUAGUAUGAUCACUACAAGUAGUGCAGUUAUACAGCCUACUAUUUCUUCAACUAGCGAAUCAAUCUCUUCUACCAGUUUGAAUCCCACGGAAACAGCAACAAGCAUUUCUGCAUCCACGUCAAUCUCUGCUUCCACCUCGUCAUUGACUUCUUCCUCUAAUACUUCGUCUUCGUCUAUGACAAGUUCUCGACCUGGUUCAACUUCCACACCGAAUUCCUCAGGAAGUCAUAAACCACCUUCUGCAGGAUUGAUAUUCCUGAUCAUCUUACUGUCUCUAGCAAUUUUCAUAGCUAUCGCAUCGCUCCUCCGAUUUGUGGUGAAAUCUCGCGGUGGUGGCAAUCCUCUCUCAUGUUUACCGUGUACUAAAAGGCGCAAGAACGAUGAUGAUGAUGAUGGUUUAUCUGAUCUUGUUAGAGGUUUCGAUACACCAAGAACACUAGGUGGAGGUGGUUAUAAUCCUUAUCUGAACGUUACCCACGAUAAUUAUCCUACGAUGGAGGAGAUCAAUGAUAGAAGUGAAUUAGAAAGAAGGUCAAGUCUAUUCGCAAGACAAAACAAAUCACCUUUUCUUCAUUCAGAUAAUAAUUCACCAAAUCCGAAUGGCGUUCAAAAUGGAUAUCAUUUUGAUAUACCAGAAUUGCCUAUGCCACCUCCAGCCUUCUUGAACAGUAGCCAUUCUCGUGAUAGGGAUGAUAUAGAUCAAUUACCCCAUCAUUUGUUGGGCGAGACUGGACCCCUAGAAGUCAGGAAUGCGAUGCCGGGUGAUGUGGAGCAAGAUCAUGAUGGGCAGGGCGAAAAAGAAGUUGAAGGGAUUCAAGGUCUAGUAGGUUUGGGUUUGGGCGAGGGUAGUCCAAGAUUCUUAGGUGUCAAUGGAAACGGCCUUCCUGUCCCAUGGUCGACUCUACCUCAUAGACCUUCAUCGAUCGAUUCAUUUGAUCAGAAUCAUCCUAAUCCCUUUGGUUCAUCGUCAACCUUAUCAGCACCUCCUUUAGGUUUUCCUUCACCUUCUCUAUCCCAUGACUCAACGAAUCUACCCAUGAGGUCUUCGACUUGGGCAAGUAAUUUGAGGAAUACAUUGUAUAACGCGAUUUCUUCAGCGAGAGUUCCAACUUUGUCCACCGCAGAUGGUAACAUGAUGGACGAAGAUAAAUUCACGAGAACAGUUGGCGCCAUUUAUAGGGCCGGAAGUCGAAGGAAAGCGAUUCCUACCUUUGACAUCGAACAAGGGGGACAAGGAUUGCAAGUUGUGAAUGAAAAGGACGAUCCAUUUGAACAAAACCCUUUGGGGAGUACCACCAUCAUUGAGAGGGUAGAAAGUAGUUCUUCGAAUGGUUCAGGAUCCACUUUGAUGAUACCUCGUAAGAAUGCAGGGGAGAGGUUCAAGGGUUACUACGCCAGACCAAAGAGCGUGGCUAGUACGGAAGGGGAGAUGAGUGAAAGUGAGAGUAUUAGAGGACCACCCAGAAUGGCUGGUGGAGCUAGGGCGGCUGGAGUGAGGACAGGAAGCUUCGUCGUCGUCUAG